AUGGCCGGCUCGCACAGCCUGGUGUUCCUGCUGGACACGGGCGGGCCGGGCCGGCGGGCGCGGCUGCAGCGCGGCGCCCUGCGGCUCCUCAACCACCUGGGCUGCCGCUUCGGGCUGAGCCGCCUCCGCUGGGCCUUCAGGUUCUUCGACUCUCUCGGGGGCCGCGGCGGGGCCUGGCGGGGCGGCGGGUUCCGCACGCCGGGGCCCGGCGCCUGGGCCCGCUUCGAGGAGGAGCUGGCGGAGCGGUUCGGGGCGCGGGGCCCCCCCGCCGGGCUGCCCGGGCCGGCCCCCCGCGCCGCCCUCACCCACAGCGGCCUGAAGGAGACGCUCCUCGGCUUCCAGUGGGACCGCCCGGAGAUCGCGUCCCCCGCCAAGCCGCUCCGCAGGAGCCGCAGGACGGGGCCGGGCGCCGCCGAGCCCCCGGAGAGCCAGGACCCUCCCGAGGGCUUUGUGAACGCCGUGUUCCUCUUCUCGCCGUGCCCCCACUCGCGGAGGGAGCUGCGGCGCUUCGUCUGGGGGAGCGACGCCCCUUCCUCCCCGUGCCGGCCGCCCACGGCCCAGGAGCUGGCGGAGAAACUGCUGCCCAGGAGCGUCCGGGAGCUGCUUGCGGACCAGAAAAUCACGCUCUUCUGGGUGGACACUGCCGAGUGGUCUCAGGUGAUGGACUCCCCAGACCAGGUUGGAUACUGGACAAUGUUUGAAUUGCUCCGUCAGGUGGGGGGCACCAUUUUGCCGUCUGAAGCCUUAGUGCAAAGCUUGAGUCACCACAGGGCAGGUCUUGCUCCUGGCUUUCUUGGAGACCCCAGUUCACCAGUGCCACAAACUGUGCCUUGGACCACAUUUCUGCCCUUGGAUGCCACCUUGAACUGCCUGUUCUCCAAGCCUGAUGUGUUUCAAGCAGUGUUCCCCCAGCAAGAGGGAACCAUCUUUCUCAGCCUGCCUGGAGGAAAGAAGCAGGAAAGCUGUGCUGUGAUCCUGGAACCCCUAACCAUGAGCCAAAGACAACUUGAUUGUCCAGUCAAUAUCUUCCUGAGGGGAAGCCUGACAGGAUGGAGCUCAAUGCAGGCCAGUCAGUUCCUCACAGAGAGCUGGAUACUGCAGAGCCUGGGGGCUGGACAUAAGGAGUCACUGUUUAACCAACUGCUAAGGACUCUAGUGACUGAAGAACUUCACAUGGUUGCUGAGGUCUCUUUAGAUAAAGCUUGGUGCCCCUGCACUGCUGUUCUGUCACCACUUUCUGAGAGCUCUGCACUUCUGGCCAUACUCAGUGCUGAGAACAAGGCUGAAGUUCAGCGACGCAACCUUGAGGGAACUGUUGUGGAGGACUCUCCCCAGGACCAUGCUCUCUGCAUCCCUGAUGUUGUAUGUAGUGUGUUGAGUAAAAUUGACACGUUGGUGGAAGAUUGUCUGGCCAAUAUGGGAGAAGAAACUUCUGUGCCAGAGUGGGUCCAAAGGGAGCUGUCCCACACAGGUGGCUGGCAUCCUUCAGUACUUGAAACAUGGUAUCCUUCAUCCAACCAUUGUGGAGCAAGCUCAGAUCUAAUGGAGUCAUUCAGGCUUCUGCAGAUUCCUUGUGCUAAUGGGAAGGAUGACACAGACCAAUCUGAAGUGGAACUCUCAGAAGGUCUAUCUGAGCUCUAUCGGAGAAAAUUCAGUGAAGGAUCUGCUGCAGUUGGACCAGGAAAUGGGAAAAAGAAACGUGGGGUUCCCCGAACUCCAGUCAGGCAGAAGAUGAAGACCAUGUCCAGAUCCCUGCAGAUGCUCAACGUAGCAAGACUGAAUGUAAAAGCUCAAAAGUGUCAACCUGAUGAUGUGCCACCAACAGCGAAUGAGAAGGUUCCACAGAAGCUUUCAGCAAAAAGAUUGGAUGACAAGGUGGAAGAAAAGGAAAAAACACUUAAAAUCUUAAUAGACUUCAAAACUGAGGAGGAACUGCAGUCCCAUUUAACUGCAAGCUACCAGAAGUCUGUUGCUGAGGGAGCUGUUUCAUCUGUGUGUGCCCAGCAUAUGAUUGUGGCCAUUAAAAGGUUCUUGAAAGUAAAAAAUGCUGAAGAGAAAGAGGUGGCUUGUGUGGAAAGAGUCAGAAACCAUCUCCUGAAAACCAGCAAAAUGCUCAGACAACAGCAUGGCUCACAGAAGGAGACUAAAGUCAGAGAGUGCCGACUUCAGGUAUUUUUGCGCCUUGAGCUCUGUCUUCAGUGUCCUUCACUGCAAAGCAACACUGAUGAAAUGGAGCAGCUGUUAGAAGAGAUGACAGAUCUGCUGCGCAUUUUAAGUCUGACUGAAGACCCAGGGUAUCUUACAAAAUUUCUGGAGGAAAUACUAGAAUUGUAUAUGAAUUCUAUACCGAAGACCCUUGGAGAUAUUUACUAUGGUCUUGGUAUACAAAUACCCCCAAAGCUGGCAUCUGUUCUGCCUUCAGACUUCUUCAGUGAUGACUCUGUGACUCUGGAUAGCAAGUCUCCAGGUCUUCCAUUGUCUUUAUCAUCUGCCCUAACUCCCAGCACCUUUUCCCUACGCACUGAGAGCGAUCAGCUGGAGGAGCUCCGCACCCGAUCUGCCAGAAAGAGAAGGAAUAAUGUAUUAGCCAGACACAGGAGCAUGACAGAAGCACCACAGAACCUGCGUCAAAUUGAGGUUUCAAAGACAGCCAAGAAUCCUGUCAGAAAGGAGAACUCAAGUUCUUACCUUGCCUCUGAGAAGUCCCAACUGAUGCCUUCGUUGCAGAAAGAAGCAGUGCAAGAAGUUACAAAGGUAAGGAGGAACCUGUUCAAUGAAAAGAUAGCUUCACCAUCAAAAAGGUCCAUGAAGAAGAUGCCCAGAAGCCAGUCAGUGUCUGCUGUGGAAGGUCUACGGUACAAAGGCCCUGAUGAAGGCUCUAAAGAUCAUCGCAAGUUAUUGACCAAGAGAGUUGCAGAAACACCCUUACAUAAGCAGGUCUCUAGGAGAUUACUACAGAAACAGAUCAAAGGCCGGUCUUCUGAUCCAGGUUGUGACACUGGUGUUGUAGAAGAGUCUCCAGAGAAGGCCAUGAAUGAAGCAGGUUUGAGAAGAAGCCCACGUAUCAAACAGCUGUCUCUGAAGAGGACCUGCUCUGGUGUUUUCUAUUCCACUACACAGCCCAGCUCACAAAAUCCACAGCAAGUCCAUCAAGGACAAGAAGAGGAGAGCUGUGCACUGCAAGAUGUAGAAGACAUUAAGCAGCAUUCAGAGAACCCCCCUGUCCAGACUCCCAAGAGGUUUUUCUUUGGUGCAGUCACUGACACGUGUAGCUCUACAGUGAAGCUUUCACCUGGGAGGAAGAGAACAAGGAGGGAUGCCUUACACUUAGAGGAGCUGACUGCCUGUCAGACUCCUAGAAAAACACCUCAUAAAUUUACCAAGAAGGCACCAAAUUCUGCCAGUAAGCUACCAAGGAGAUCACCUCGCAUUCUCCACAGGACACCACAGAAGCUGGAGAAGACUCCUGGCAAAAGUCCAGCUGCUAAGCAGACUGCAGCCAAGUGUUUGGGAAAAUACUUUUCUGAUCCUGUACAAGGGGUCAACUCACCAUCUGUCUUAACUGGAAGUAAGAGGGUUCACUUACUGCAAGGAACUUCUAAGGAUGGUUCUCCAGCAGAAAGACUUUCCCCUCCUUGCAAAAAAGCUGGCUUACAAAUACUAGAACAUGAAGGGUUCCCAGUGCUUGAUGCCUCAUUAUUACCUCCAGCAGAUUCAAAUCCAGCUGCUUCUCCCACCUCUGCCAUCCAGGAAGGAUGUUCUACAGAACUGCAAACUCCAAGACGUUCCUUGAGAUACCUCUCAAGGUUAGCAUCUCCAGUUGGUACUGGGAGGCAAAUCUUCACAAAGGAAGUUCAGGUGCAGUCAGAUCUGUUAUCUCAAGUAACUAGAAGUAGUCCCAGGAAACCUGAAGAUCCAGGUUCAACAUUACGUACCAGCCCUCUGAGUGCAGAAAUAGCACAGCUCACUAUGAGGCUAGAGCCCCCCUUCAGUUCUCCUCUCUGUGAAAGUUCCAAGAACACUGUGGCAACCUGCUCCCCUUCCCACAUGCAGACUAGGGAGUCUGACUGGGAACUUGGUGCAUCUGAACCAUCUCUUCAAAAAUCUCCAGGUAUUCCUGGCGCUUCGCUGAGGCCCCUGCUUCACACAUCUAAGCAGGUCAAAUGUGAACCAAGUUCUGGAGGAGAGAACCUCACAUAUGCAUGUGCAACACCUUCUAAAAGUAAGGACAAUUUAAAUUAUAGUGGUAGUAACUCUUCUGUAGAAACCCUCCAGCUUUGUCAGUUGCAAGUUGCUGACAAUACCCCUGUACCGGAGAAAAGUAAACAGAUGGAUGUAACAUCUCGAAAGUCUUUUCCAAGAGAGGACAUGAAAAACUUGGAGAAACAUUCGUCUCCAAAGCCUUCUGCUGAAUGGCAGGUACAUGCACAGGAUGUUGAGACAGAGUGUGAUCAAUUGGUUAAGGAGGGGAACUUGAGUGCGAACACCUGUGAGUCCUUCCUAAGUGGUUCUCAAACAGUUAGUGAUGACUUGGAACCAAGAACCCAGCUGGGAGAAGAACAUCUGGGGCUGAAGGCUCCGAGUCUUAAGAGGCACUCCAGAUUUGCUCUGAAUUCUUUGCCUCCUGCGCCAAAGUCUCCUCCUGCCUAUUCUUUACGCUGCACUGCAGACAGGAGACAGCGGGAGGCUGCAGCACGGAUGGGAAAUCCUCAACUCCUGGCCAGGUUCCCUACUCCUAAAAGCCGCUGCAAACCAGCCUCUGCGAGCCCGCCGACGUACGAAGUGGAACUUGAAAUGCAGGCUUCGGGCCUGCCCAAACUUCGUAUUAAGAAAAUUGGCUCCUGCUCUUCCCUGGAAGUGCAAGCUGAAGCAAGUGCCAGCAAAACCAAGGGAGGAGAAAGCCCCUUUGGUGAUCUUGCUGUGACCUGGUGUAGCAGGCACCCAGGAAAGCUAGCAGCUGCCUGUGUUUCACCCUCCUGCUUUCGCUCUUUCCACAGUACACCUGGGAAAGGUGGAGGACAGACCUACAUAUGCCAGUCAUACACCCCAACAAGCUGUGCCUCUAGUGCCACCUCCCCAUCCCCGUUAGAAGCAGGAGUUCCCUGGACACCUUCUCCAAAGCAGAAGGGGAAGACUACUCCUGAUGCCAUCAAAGACUGGCCUCGGAGAAAGAGAGCGGCAGGCAGCACUGCCAACUCUAGCUGUGGGCAAAGUGAGAAGAAUGCUGAUGAACAGAAAAGGAUGUCAGCAGGCAGAGAAGGAGAGAUGAAAGUCUUGGAACACUGCAUCAGCAAAGUAACAAAUACUCUUGGGGAAUUUGAACUAGAAGGGAUUUACAGGCUCCAGGAUCAGGCAUCUCCUAGUGACUCUGAGCCUAGGGCUGACGAGUCUGCCCUGGGAACUUUUGGCUUGAAAUCUCGGAAGCGGGUCUUUACGUAUCUAUCGCCAGAAAAGGAGGAGAAAUCUGAUCCCAAGAGAUCUUGCGCUGAUAGAUGCAACUUGGAUCUCACUGGAUUUUCUGCAGAUGACGCCAACAGGAGCAAAUCAAGCAUGCACUCUGUACCUCCUGAGAAACCAGAAGUAUGUGCACUCACAGCUCCUGAGCAGCACAGUUGUGCUGGGGAUGAUGAUGUCUUCCUUUUCUCAGGCUCAACUCCACCAGUGAAGAGUGUGCUCUCUGCUAGCAGCCUUCUAGCACUGACCCAGUCCCCACUGCUGUGCCAGGGACAGACCCCACCAUCUCGGAGAACACGUGUCCAAGAAGAGGAAUCUGAUGCCUUCCAGAUGACUGCCAAUCAGGAGCUGUCUCCAUUCCACAUCAUGGCUUCCAGGAGGCGCCCUCUUAGCAGGACUUACUCACGGAAAAGGCUGCUCAGCUGAAGUUUGGAGCCAGAACAGUAUGGGAGACUUUGCAUUAAGCCAGCUGAACAACAUGCUUUUUAACAAGGACCUUAUCCUUGGUGCUGGACUGGAGCUGUCUUGUGUUGGUAGGAGACUGGGUGCAAGCAUAUGACAGUGGAAAUAAGGACCAUCCUACAAAUGUGAGUUUUUUUAGCCUCAAUUACAGCAUCUCUCCAUCCAUCAUUGGCCUUACUGGUACCUCUUGUGCCUGUGGCAGCUGAAUUCUGCAGUGAAGGUUCAAUUCUGCCAGGUAAACAGGGAGAAUUGUCACUUCUCUACAGCUUUCUUGUAAAAUAAACCAAUGUGAAUUUUUAUUGUGUCAUUUAA